AUUUUUGUCUACAAACUUUGUCAAAGUUUAUAAAGUUUGACUUUGACCAAAACUAAUAUGCGGAGUAAAUAAAAACGGAGGGAGUACUAUGUCCACUCCAUGACAAGGGCAACGAACGACGUGUCCUGUGUGAUAACAUUACCGCGAGCUCAGGAUUGUUCAUGAUUAAGUAACCCCUCCUCUCAUCUUUCAUCUUUGUACCAUCAGUCCAGUGGUCCAUGGUAAUUGCCUGAAGAAAACCUUGCUGAUAUACAAAGCAAAGCAGGCAUCCAUUUGAUCUGUGUUCAAAUAAUAAUGCUCAAACGGCCAGCGGAAAUUGCACAUUUCAUCCGUGUUCUCCUUAUCGUAUUGCCUUGUAGUGCUAUCCUUUUUCUUUGAGUGAUCCAUGCACAGUUUUUUUAGGAAAACAUUCGCAUCUGUGUUCUCCUCAUCGUAUAGUUUUUUUUUGAGGGGUCCUUAUGGUAUAGCCGUACUCUCUCCUUGUGACUACCAAAACAUUUAGCAUCUCAAAAAAGAAAAAGAAAAACAUUAGCAUCUCGGCCUCCCUGAAGCCCAAGAGCAAAGCGAAAUUGGCCCAGCGGUCCAGCCUGUUCACACGAGCCCAUUCAGGACGCAGAAACCCCACUCCUCCCACUCGCAACUCCACGCCGCGGCGGCGCUGCUCCACCACUCCCCCGCAAAUCCCUCGACGGAAACCCCAAUCCGGCGACGCGACGGCGGCCCAAUGCCCCCCACGACGAGCCUCCCUCUGGCGCAGCGCGGCCGCCACUCGCCGCCGGCGCUGGUCGACGACGCCAUGAGGGAGAUCUUCCUGCGCGUCCCGGCGGACGACCCCAAGACCCUCGUCCGCGCCGCCGCCGUCUGCACGACCUGGAGCCGCAUCCUCUCCGACGUCAUCUUCACCCGCGAGUACCGCGCCUUCCACGGCGCGCCGCCCGUGCUGGGCUUCCUCCACAACACCCACCACGAGAGGUCGUGGGGGAAAGGGAGGAGCAAGCAGCACGAGGAGUACCUGGUCUCCAACUUCGUCUCCACCGCGUCCUUCCGCCCGCCGGCCUGCCACGAGCGCCGCCACUGGCGCGUCCUCGACUCCCGCCAUGGCCUCGUCCUCUUCCACACCCCCAAAAGGGACGAGGACUUCGUCAUCUGCGACCUCGUCACCUACGACCGGUGGAGGAUCGACGCCGCCCCCGAGUGCGCGGAAAUCAUCUGGAAUCGUGAGGACGAGGACGAUGACGAGGACGAGGAAGAGGUCGAGGGAGUAACCUGGAAUGCUGCAGUGCUCUGCGCCAAGGAUGGAUGCAACCACCUCUACUGCCAUGGCGGCCCUUUCCUUGUGGCCCUCGUCGGCUCGGACGAGGAUCAGGAGAUCACCUUUGCAUCUGUAUACUCAUCACAGACUGAUGAGUGGAGCGACAUGAUCUCCAUUGAGGAGCCGAAUGCCAUCGAGAUGACUGGGCAAAUCGGCGUUGUUGGAAAUAAGGUCUAUUUCCAAUGUGAAUGUACCCAAAGUAUUGUGGAGUACAACAUGGGUGAGGAAGAACUAUCGGUGAUUGAUCCAAUAUUUGAAGACGAUAAUGAGGACAUACCGGCCAUUGGACUCUUGGGGAUGGAGGAUGGCAUGCUGCUGUUCGCCACCGUGCUGGAGCCUAGACUCUACCUAUGGUCAAUGGAGGCUGGCUCCAAUGGAGCUGCGCCAUUGGCACAGCGCAGAGUCAUUGAGCUCGCACCGUUGCUCCCUUGUCGUGCCCUCUUGGAUGUGUCAGUGGUUGGUUUUGCAGAAGGUGUUGGUCUCAUCUUCCUGAAUACAGAGGCUGGGUUGUACACAAUUGAGCUCAACUCAGGCCAAAGCAAGGAGGUACAUAGAGCGACAUCUUUCAAAAGAGUCAUGCCCUACACAAGCUUCUAUACUAGAGCUUGGGGGAGAAUGCCGACCUCUGACUAAGCUACCUGUUGGUGCUACUGCUACAUCAGUAUAAUCAAAUGGCGUCAAAACGAUGGAUCUGUUUGCUUUUGCUGCCCAGGAAGAAUUUGUACCACUGAACUUCGGUGUCUUCUUUUGCUGGAUGUGUUGGAUUGUUCGGUCAGGGUGUAUGCGCUUUUGUUCUGUUUGUGUUUGUGCCAAAACUUGAGUCCGCAGUCACUGUGUCCGUAACACUAGCAGGGUAUUUAUGUGUUUUACCUAAGGAAUUAAGGUAAGGAAGUAGAACAUGAUCAAUUGUGACAGUAACUUAUGAGUGUAGACUUAAAGUACCUAAAUUUUAAGGAGACGGAGUAUGUAGUAAUCA